AUGGGUAUUGGAGGAGGAGAAGGAGAGAAAACCUCAAUUCCCUUUAACUGGCCGGUUAUUGGCAUGAUGCCAGACCUGUUCCUAAAUGUACACCGCACCCAGGAUUAUAUAACCGAGAUUUUGCAAGAAAGUGGAGGCACAUUUGAGUUUAAAGGUCCUUGGUUUGCAAAUAUGGAUAUGCUGGUCACCAGCGAUUCUGCUAACGUCAACUACAUAUUGAGUAAAAACUUCUCAAACUUUCAAAAGGGUCCUGAGUUUGAAAAGAUGUUUGACAUUCUAGGAGAGGGGAUCUUCAAUGCUGAAUGCGAAUCUUGGGACAGCCAAAGGAAAACAAUCAUGCCACUAAUUAAUCACCAGGGAUUCCAGAAGUUUGUGGGAAUAACUAGCUGGAACAAGUUGGAGAAAGGGCUGAUCCCUGUCCUGGAGCAUGCGGCCAAGUCAGGUAUGGAGGUGGACUUGCAACAACUAUUUGCCAAGUUUACCUUUGACACCACUUGCAUAUUAGUAUUGGGUCAUGAUCCUGCUUCACUCGGUAUUGACUUGCCAGAAAGUCCAUUAGGAAAUACCUUAGCUGAUGCCGAGGAAGCAGUCUUUUACAGACAUGUGGUACCCAGAACUUGCUGGAAGAUUCAGAGGUGGCUUCAAAUUGGUGCGGAAAAGAAGUUAACUAAAGCUCGGGAGAACCUUCAUCAAUUUUUAGCUACCAACAUCUCAUCUAAGUCUGAAAACUUGGAAGAUAUAAACCAAACUGCGAUUUUGCAAGAUGGAGGAGGCCUUGACUUGUUAGCAAGGUACAUGAAAGCAGCCAGAGUUCUCAAAGAAGAGAAUAGAACAUCUGAUAAUAGUGUCUCAAAAAAUUUGGAGAGACGCUUUACUCACUUUAAUCUUUGCGGGUAA